AUGUGGACAGCAGCUGGCUGCGCUGUUGAGCUGUGUGCCUGUUUUGCCUGCUUGCUUCCGUUUCGGUGCCAAGAGGCAGGUUGUGACAAUCCGGCCCUCUUUCAACUCAAGCAGCCCUUGAAGAUGCGGACAAGGCAGCUGGGGAAGAGACCCUCAGCGCCGGGUUUGAUCUUGAGUGAAAGCCUUUUGAUGGCUUGGGAAAGCGCGUUGUGUUCUGAAAGGGCAGCCUUGUCCAACCAACACCCCAGCGACCCGAACGAUAGGGCGGCUAACGCCCUUAGUAUUCCCACGCGGCCAGCAAAUUUGGAAUUGAUUAGUGCUUGA